AGGCCCCGCCCCCUACUCCCGUCACCAGCCGUGGCCCGAGCGGCUCCAGCGGCCGCGGGAGCUGGUCAGUUCCCGCACUCUUUUCGUCGUCCUCCUCCUCCUCCCUAGCGCCCUCGGCCAUGGUGUCUCCUAGUUCCGUGACCAACCGGCUGGGCUCGGUGUUCCCCUUCCUGCUUGUCCUGAUAGAUCUGCAGUACGAAGGUGCAGAAUGUGGAAUAAAUGGAGAUGUCGAAAAACAUCUUGAAAUGGGCAAGAAAUUAUUGGCAGCUGGACAACUAGCAGAUGCCUUAUCUCAGUUUCAUGCUGCAGUAGAUGGUGAUCCAGACAACUACAUUGCUUAUUAUCGAAGAGCUACUGUUUAUUUAGCCAUGGGCAAAUCUAAAGCAGCAAUUCCUGAUUUAAGUAAAGUGGUUGAGUUGAAGACUGAUUUUACAGCAGCACGAUUACAGAGAGGUCACUUACUACUUAAGCAAGGAAAGCUUGAGGAAGCAGAGGAUGACUUUAAAAAAGUGCUAAAAUCUCAUCCUAGUGAGAAUGAAGAAAAGGAAGCCCAGUCUCAGCUACUAAAAGCUGAUGAAAUGCAGCGCUUACAUUCACAAGCACAUUAUGCUUUUGAUCGGGCUGAUUAUCGAGCUGCUAUAACUUUCCUUGAUAGUAUUUUAGAGGUUUGUGUUUGGGAUGCAGAGCUGCGAGAACUUCGGGCUGAAUGCUUUAUAAAAGAAGGGGAGCCAGGGAAAGCUAUUAGUGAUUUAAAAUCUGCAUCCAAAUUGAAGAAUGACAAUACUGAGGCUUUUUACAAAAUCAGCACAAUAUAUUAUCAGCUGGGAGAUCAUGAACUGUCACUCAGUGAAGUCCGAGAAUGUUUAAAGCUUGAUCAAGAUCAUAAAAGAUGCUUUGCACAUUAUAAGCAAGUAAAGAAACUUAAUAAACUUAUUGAGUCAGCAGAGGAGCUCAUCAGAGAAGGCAGAUACGUAGAUGCUGUUAGCAAAUAUGAAUCUGUAAUGAAAACAGAGCCAAAUACACCUGUUUAUACUAUUCGUUCCAAAGAGAGGAUUUGCCAUUGCUUCUCCAAGGAUGAAAAACCUGUUGAAGCGAUUAAAGCAUGUUCAGAAGUUUUACAGUUGGAACCUGCCAAUGUGAAUGCUCUCAAAGACAGAGCAGAAGCCUAUUUAAUAGAGGAAAUGUAUGAUGAAGCUAUUCAGGAUUAUGAAACUGCACAGGAACACAAUGAAAAUGAUCAACAGAUUCGAGAAGGACUAGAGAAAGCUCAGAGGCUCUUGAAACAGUCACAGAAAAGAGAUUAUUACAAAAUCUUGGGAGUAAAAAGAAAUGCUAAAAAACAAGAAAUCAUCAAGGCAUACAGAAAGUUAGCAUUGCAGUGGCACCCAGAUAAUUUUCAGAAUGAAGAAGAAAAGAAAAAAGCAGAGAAAAAAUUUAUCGACAUAGCAGCUGCUAAAGAAGUCCUUUCAGAUCCAGAAAUGAGGAAAAAGUUUGAUGAAGGAGAAGAUCCCCUGGAUGCAGAGAGCCAACAGGGAGGUGGUGGCAACAGUUUCCAUAGAAGCUGGAAUUCUUGGCAAGGCUUUAACCCCUUCAGCUCAGGCGGACCAUUUCGAUUUAAAUUCCACUUUAAUUAAGACCAACAAUGUUUUUUCUGCUACUGUUCCUCCUCCUCCUAACUUUUUUAAAAUUAGAAAACAAAACUUGUUCCGGUUUCAAGACCCUAAUGAAAUAUUUCAAGUCUUUCUGUUGUCCAUAACCAAAGAAUUGUUUUAAUAGGAAGAAUCUUUUCCUGUUCAUUUUAAGCUCUCUCUUGUUGGCUGGGGGUGGGAUAUGAUGAGUGAUGGCAUGUGGUUCAGUGCCCAUAUGAAGCAGCCAAGUCUGGGGCAAGCUCUCUUGCAUAAGCACUAAUAUAUUUUUUUAUAUUUUUCUGCAUUGGAGCGAAUGCAAAUCCUUCCUCCUGUGAAAUCCUUGUGUUGUGUGUCAGUACCUACCUGUGGUGCAUCUGUAUGCAUACAAAAGCCAAAAAAGAAGCUCUUAUUCUCCGAAGACUUGGCCACGUUUCAGUAUUCUUAAAGUGAAAGAUUAAGGAUGAAACCAAAUUCUAAACUGUAUUGUUUUAGUGUAACUUGGUUUUCUGAACCAGAAACUGCUAGACUGGGAUUUUGAACAAAUAGAACAGUUAUUGAUUUCUGAGAUUUUCAAAUGUUUGUUAAUGUCUGAACUUCCCUUAAUACUAUAUUCAAUUUAAUGAUAUUUUUUUUCUGUAUGGUUACAAAUAGGGAAGUCAGAAACCCUCAUUUAGAAAACUUGCUAUCAGAUGACAGCUGGGUUUGGACUCUGGAUUGGAAUCAGAAAGCACAUUUUAUUCUUUCUCUUUAUAGUGGAAUGAGAUUUCCUUAGGACUGCAUAAUUGGAAUUAGAUGUAAAGAUCUGGGAGCACUUUGAUUUAAGACUAAAAAAUCAACUAAAAAGAGAUUUCAUUUUUGUUAAAAAUUAAUUUUUAGAUAUUGAAUUUUUUUUAAUAUUGCUUCUAUACAAGUAGAGAGAAAAUUUGUUAGUAAUGAGUUCUUACCUGUCUUAUAAAAUUUUCAAGACCAAGAUUUGGUUUUGAAAUUUAAAAAAGUUGCUUUGCCAGGAUUUAUAGACCUUUAAUGCAGUAUUUCAGUAUCCUUUAUUGUGGUGACUCUGUUAGACAAUUUUCCCAUUCCUUGCACCUCUGGUGGCUCAUAAGUUUUACUUAAUUUGCGAAUUAGGUUCACAGGACCACAAGUACUAGUUUCUUGACAAACUUCAGAGUCAGAUGUUUAUCUUUACUAGAAGUACUGGUCUGAUUUCAGGCUCCUGGGAUUUUAUAGGGUCUUCCACAAUCUUUUUUUUUUUUAACUUAGAAAAAGGUGCCUCAACUUGUUGAAUUCUACUCAAGUUUUCACCCUCGUGUCUCUAUAACAAGGAUAGUUAUCUCCUGAUGGAUUACAUGUUCCUUACCUACCAGGUAAUUACUGAAUAGUAUUAGCUAUUCAGGCUUACUAUGUAGAGAAAUUUUUUUCCCCUGUGAAGACUAGAAAUUGACCUCUUUUGAAUAGAUCUCUUUAAUCAAGGACAUUGUACCUUUUAAGGAAAUACUAGUGCUGCAUUUAAAAUCCAAGAUAAUAGUUUUAGUUAAUAAUCAUUAACUGCUCCCAAUGAAGUUUUAUAGAGCUCUGAGUUUCCAGGGGAAUACUUUUAGUAACAUAAGGUAUUUAAAAUUGUUAGAGAAUCAAGAGUUCUAAUCAACUGAGAAGGUAAUUUGACUAUACUGUUGCCAGCAUUAGCCAAGCACAAAUUUUAUUCAUAAAUAUUAGUUUGCCUAUAGAAGUGAGAUUUUGUUUAAACAAGACAGUAUAACCACAUAGAUGAGUUGAGAAAACACUUUGUAGAAAAUUCUAGCCAACACCAUGAUAUCUUUUCAUCUCUCAAAAUGUUAAGCAUUGAAAACAAAAUUUUUCCUUUAUUUGCGGUUUUCAUUUGUUUUGUCUUGAAGCUCAAUCCGCUAUAAUAUGCAAAUAUACAAUGUAAACAAUUUUUUUUUUGUUUAACUCUUUGAAAAGUCUCAAUUAAGCAUUUAUACAAAUGGAACUAAUUCUAUUAUCUACAAACAAUUAUUUUUGAACCUGGUCUUUUAUUGCAAAUUUUCCCUGGCAUCACACCAAGAAGACUACUACAGAGCUGAUAGCCCUGAAGGAGUGGGACUCUUCAAAACCCCAAAUAAAUAUUAAAUCCCACAGCCUAUCAUUUAAAGAAUACCAAAAUUGCCAGGAUAUGAGAGAGCCAAAAAGAUGUUUGAGAUGGUUAUGGAAUGGAUUGCAUUGGGAAUUCCUGUCCUUCAGGGUAUUUGUUAUUGAUCUAGCAUCCAACUUCGGACCACAUAUCUGAGUUUUCACCUCACAAAAUAACCAUGAUUGCAAAACCUGAAGUUGAUCACUCACCCAAGGGAGGUAGACAGUUUAAGUGCUCAGAAGCUUGUUUUCCUCCAGAAGCACCAUAAUCAUAAGUUAGAAUAAAUAUUUGACUGCUUUAGUUCACUCAAGAAGAAAGAGAAGCUAUAUAUUGCACAGUGCCAAUUCCAUAUAAGAGGAAGUGAGCCUCUGCUACUUAAGAAAGUCAGAAGACUUUUAACACUUUUAACCCUUGCCUAGGGAAUGCAAGGAGUCUUCUAGGUUCCUCCUAUUUGGAAAGACCGUUUUGUUUUCCACAAUGUUUUCAAUGAAGGUAAAGAAAUAUGUAUUAAGGGAAAGUAUAAUAGCUUGUCUGCCUAAGUGUAAGAAGCCACAUUAAUACAAUUGGAAGAAUUAGAUUGGUGAAAGUUUAUUUUAAAACAUAUCUUUAGUGAUUGCUGCUCUUGUGCACUUUCUCUUGAUUUACUGCUUUUGGUCAUGGGGCACAAAGCAUUUGUUGUAGCUCUUUUAGUAAAAAUAUGCAGCAGGUCACAUGGAAGGAUACAUUAUCCUUAGUCUGUUCUCCUUUGAAAAAACUCACUUUUCAUUAGUGAGCUCCCUAAGAGUAAUGCCGCUGGUCUAUUCCAUGGUAGAAAAGCUUGUCUAGAGGGAAUUUCCCAUGGCAAAAAAAAGUGUUAAAGACACAUCUGUAUGUGAUGCAAAGUCAGUCUUAAGAAGGAUGAUUUAAAAUUCAUUGAAAAGUCUGAAAGUAUAUACAGGAGUUUGUGCUUUUUUACCAUGGAUAAAUGCAAAUGUAAACAAUUUGAGCAGGACUUUAUAAUUAAAAAAACAUCUAGCCAACUAUCAGUUUGGUUUUUAAAAACCACAAUUUUCCAUUCAGAUCAGUAUUAAUCUAGCUUUUUGAGUGUCAAUUUAAAGGAAUUUGGAAAAAUGUUGGUUUAUGACAAUGGGAUCGAAAAACUGCCUAUAUCACUUGAAGGAAAAAAUACUGCCCCAGCCCUAAAAAAAUGAUAAUUAAAAGACACUUUUAAAAAAAUACCUCCAAAACAGUGUCAUUUUAUUCAUGGUGAGAAGUGAAAAUUUUCACCUAGGAAUUGGCCAAGUUUUUGCCUUAUUGUGAUAAUGUACUGUUUAUAGUUUGCCUUGCAAAAAAGGUUUGACCAGUAUGUCAACAGAACAGUUGUAAAAUAAAUCUAUUCAGCCUUACUUAAUGACUAUAGUUUCCUUUUCAACAUUCAGAGAGGAAGGAGGAAGGCAAUUGUAAUUGUUCAAUGACUAAUAUAGUUUUACUCUAAAUCAGAUCAUUCCUGUUAACCACUCUUUGUUCGUGGCAAGAAAUUUACUACAUUUCAAACAGGGUGAUAGUAGGUAGGGUAACUCAGUCUUGUUGCAGAGAUCUCUUGCUUGCUGUCUGAUUUAAGAUAAAUUAGCCACUGCGUGGCUCUAUGGAGUAACAAAAUUUUGUUGCCUUUGUUUAUCUGCAUUUGUCAACCUCUAUCUACAGUGAGGAAGAAAGAUUGGCAGAGGUUAAAAACUGGUGACCUUUCUUACUGUAAGUUAGAUUCUGCUCCUACCCCAAAGCUAUAGUUCAACUAUGUAAGUGAGAUGACUUAAUGCAUCUUAAAAUUUUUGAAUGUUUUAUACAAAAAAGGGAGAGGAACCUAAAACUCAAUGAACUGGGUCUCAGACAUGUCUACAAAUGUGGGUACUAUUUUUAUGCCAGUGUAUUUUCACAUUUAAUAAAGAUAUUUAUGGUGAUAUGUGCAUUUUUUUCCUUUCAUGAUUCCUAUAAAAAACAGUUGCUGUGAUCAUGAGAACUGAAGAUAUUAUGCUAUGAUUUAUUUUCUAUUUUUGAGUUCACCCCAGAUUUUUAUGUUGAGAAACCAGAAACUUACCUUAUACGUGUAGUUGUAAAGAAAAAUCAAAGCAAAAAAUCCCAAACUAACAAGAACCUAGAUAAAAUUGUUGAAAUAAUCUCUCUAAAAACAUUCAGUCUACUUGAGAAGCCCCUAAAAUGGGGACUUUCAUACAAGGUUACCAUUUGGGUAGUUCUUUGAUGUAAGUCUUUUAGGAUCUAAUGCAUUUAAAAGGCUUUGUUUUAUAGGCCUGGAAAGAAAUAAUCUUCAAACUAGCAUAUUUCUAUUAAAAUCUCCAGAAUGAAUUUUUAUUUACAAAGAAAAGUUGACUAAGUAUAUAAUAAAGAUACUACUUAUUAAUGGUAGCAUCGAUGAAUGCAAGUUCUCAUGGUAUCUGAGGAUCCUUCAUAGGAAGUUGUCAUUUCCCAUUUUGUGGAUAAGGAAGCUGAAGGCAUUUUGGUGUGCUGAAAAGAGAACUAGGUUUGGGAGUUAAUCCUAUCAUCAUGACCAAGUAAGUUUAUUUUUCUGAGCUUCACUUUUCUCAAUAAAAAAAGGAUUGCUAUUCCACUAACCUCAUAGGUUCAUUGUGGGGAAAGUACUAUAAAAAUUUGAGUGGUUAGUAGUGAUAUUAAUAAUUAUAUAAAGGUGAGAGAAGCCCAGAGAAAAUGAUGGAAAAUCAUGAAAAGGAAAAUGAUUUGUAUGUUUCAGUGGAAUUCUCUUAGCUGGAGCUGAAAGAGGAGAGAAGGGGAACAGCCCUCUGCUGGCUACACAGAGCUUAGCCAAUUCAAAUCUGAUCAGUUAUGAUUUCGAUGUGUAAAUCUUGCCCUGAAUAUUUACACUCGAACUUUUGAUUUGCCUUGAUCAAAAUUAGACAAAAAUGAAUAGAAGGUUAUAGAUUAAACAGAAAUACAAUAAGUCAAAUUAAUUGGUUUGCAUUUUCUUGACUAGAAUUCUCUCCCACUCUGCUCUGUAUAUACGCAGGUACUUAAAGAGUUUUUGAAUGUAUUAUGUAAGAAUACUCACUCUUUUGGGGGUUGAUCCCAUCAAUUCUCAAUGUGGAUCAACUUAAUGAACAUGAAGUAAAGUGGAGGAGCUAACGUCACUGCUGUCCACCUUAUGGGGAAGGAGCAGACUUGGAUGACAGUUCCCCCACCCCUUGUUUAUAGGAAAAAUUGAAAGGGAACUUAGAGAUGAUCUAGCCCAUUCCUCUAUUAUACAUAUUAGGAAAACAAGGUCCCAAGAAUCGCUGUGGCUUGUCCAAAAUCAAGGGCAAGCAUGUAAUAAACCACUUGGCUGUGAUUUGAGCUAACCCAGGUCCUGGGGGUCUGAUUCCAGGGUUUGCUCUUUCUACUAUACCACAUAAGCAAGGGUUGAAAAAAAUGACAGGAAGAACCCCUCUCUGUGCAUGCUUAUAAUAUAUGCAGAUUUCUCGAAUCAUUAGAGAACCUUGAAAAUGGUUCUUUUAAGUGAACUUUUGUAGAUUUUCUUUACUGGGUGAGAUUCCUUUCUUGGUUUUGAAGGGCUCCUUUGGAGUCAUCAAUUGAUAAUUCCCAAACAUUUCAUUUCUGAUAUGGACAUUGCACAAUAUGCUUCUUCCUAAGCUCAUCAUUCAUGUACUCACUCUCUAUGGACACAAUUGCAUUGUAUUUGUAUUCUUUGAAAUGUGUUUUUGUUAAUCACAAAAAAAAAAGCCCAUUAAGCAAUAAAAGUAAUUUCCAGUUUCUCCAA